AAUUUCGUUUAGUAUUUCAAAGUGAAAAUACAGAAAACUCUUUGGGCCGCGCUAGUGCAAUUUCAACUUUUUUGUUUUAAUUUUCAUUUAUUUUUCGUCUUCUUUUGAGUUUCUUGUUUUCUUCGAGUCUCUCGUUCUUCAUUUUUCAUCCCUUCUCACCUUGGUUUAGUUUCUAUCUUAACGAGAAGUUGAAGUGAAUAAACAGACUUUGAAUAAUUUUACGCGUUAUAAAUUCGUCUUGAGUUUGUGUUCAACGUGGAACUUUUCUGUUUAUUUAUUUUUUUACUUAAUAAUAAAAAAGAAGAAAAAGAACUUUCACGUAAAUAUCGAUUUAUCAAAACACAAUUUAUCAUCUUUUAUGAGGUAUCUUGGAAAAGAAACGAAGUGAGACAGAAGCAAAAGUUCUAACACACAUGCUUGUAAAUAGAAAUUCAUACUGAGACAAACUAACUAGUCGAGGAUACGGAGAAAAGUCUGUGACUUAACAAGAUUAUUGGCAAACGCUCUACAUAUCAAAGGCAUCGAUAUAAAGCCUAUCAAAUUAAAAAAAAAAUUAGUUUAAAGCCUAAUUUAUGCGCAUGAAAUCGCUGGAAAAUUAAACAACAAUAACAAAAAAGAAGAAGCAGCAAACAAGAAUCAGUAUUAAAGGAUAUAACAAAAAAGAGAAACUUUUUAUACAUUUUAGAAGAUUUACAAAGUAAAAUUUAAGUUAAAAGAGAAUAAUAAAAGCAAAAGAAAAGUCAUGACAAACGGAGGAAGUUCUAUACCCGAUGCGGGUCAAAAUGGCAACGGUAAUGGCAAUAGCAACGACGAGUCAAAGACCAAUUUGAUCGUUAAUUAUUUGCCUCAAACAAUGACGCAAGAAGAGAUUCGUUCCUUAUUUUCAAGCAUUGGGGAACUGGAAAGCUGUAAGCUCAUCAGGGAUAAAAUGACAGGACAGAGUCUUGGGUACGGGUUUGUUAAUUAUCAAAAACAGGAGGAUGCCGAUAAAGCUAUUAACACUCUCAAUGGUCUUCGUUUACAGAAUAAGACUAUUAAAGUUUCAUUUGCUAGACCCAGUAGUGAAUCAAUCAAAGGUGCAAAUUUGUAUGUAUCUGGUUUACCAAAGAACAUUACGCAGCCGGACUUAGAAGCGAUUUUCGACAGCUAUGGCCGUAUAAUCACUUCUCGUAUUCUUUCGGACAAUCUUACAGGAUUAUCGAAAGGCGUCGGUUUCAUUCGUUUUGAUCAACGUCAUGAAGCUGAGCGUGCAAUUAAAGAAUUAAAUGGCACAAUACCAAAAGGUUACACCGAACCUAUCACAGUUAAAUUUGCUAACAAUCCUAGCAACAAUAAAGCUUUUCCACCGUUAGCUGCCUAUUUAACGCCUCAGACUGCUGCAGCUGCACGUAGAUUCGCUGGUCCUAUUCAUCAUCCUACAACUGGACGUUUCAGCCUUCUAAAUGAUUACAGAUAUUCGCCUUUAGCGGAGAAUUUGUUGGCGAACACGAUGAUUCCUGGCAACACUAUUAAUGGUUCUGGCUGGUGUAUUUUUGUAUACAAUCUUGCUCCUGAGACUGAAGAGAAUGUGCUUUGGCAAUUGUUUGGACCAUUUGGUGCUGUUCAGUCAGUUAAGGUGGUUAUUCGGGACUUACAGACUAACAAGUGUAAAGGUUUCGGAUUUGUUACCAUGACCAAUUAUGACGAAGCUGUCGUUGCCAUCCAGUCACUUAACGGGUAUACACUUGGUAAUCGCGUCUUACAAGUGAGCUUUAAAACCAAUAAAACCAAGACUUCAUAAAUCGUCUUCAACAAGCAUCACAACCAGCAAAGAAACGAUUGUUACCAAAACAGUUCUGAUGUUUUAUUGACAACUCUGCGAAAGCUUUCUUUCAAUUCUUCUUGAAUUUUAUAAGAAGGUUGUGUGAAAGCUUUAAAAUUCGAGUCAGUCCCGAUACAAAUAAAUUAUACACUAAAACAUUUGAAUUCUUUCUUCAUUUUCUAGUCUAAUUUACAAGUUUUUUUGUCUUAUUUUAUGUGUUUAGCAAUUUUCUCAUAUGCAAUCUAUAUUUGUCUAUUUUAAUGAAACUUCAUUUGUUUUCGCUUUUGAACCGAAGAAAAGAGGAAUAUUAUUCUAGUCUAAAUAUUUUUUUAACUUAAUAACAUUUAAAUCAAUGGAAAAAAUAUUCAAAAUUUUAUUAUGAAAUUUUCCGCAAAAGCGAUUAUAGUUUUUAAUUCAAUUAACCUUGAUUAUGUUCUAGUUUUAUGAGUGUUCUAAUUUUCUUUCUUCGUUUUCAUCUUAAUAUUAUUUUAUUUUAUUUUCAAUAAAAGAAAUUGUAUUAAAAAUAUAAAUGAGCGAGUUUUACAGAUAAAUUAAAAUUUUUC